AUGGAAGGUUAUCUCACAUCCUUCUUAGCUUAUGUGUGUGUUAUCAGCGUGGUAGGCACUGCUAUUUUUCUGAGAUUGGUCAUGGCUGAAAUACAAUUGACUCAUCGCCUGGUCAUUUACGCGAUACUCCUUAUCGCCCUGGAGCGGAUCUGUUACAUUUUUCUGGCAGGCUUUUCAGGAGUUCUGAUCUUCACUGCUGCAUGUUUCCUUGUUUUUCAAUCACUUUCCUCUCCCAAGUUACCUGUGCAAGGAAAAGCUGUGUUCAUUACAGGAUGUGAUUCAGGCUUUGGAAAGACCAUGGCUCAACACUUUGACUCACUGGGCCUUCAAGUUUUUGCUACAGUGCUGAAUAAGGAUGGGCCAGGAGCAAAGGAACUGCUACAGGGUUGUUCAGAACAACUUACCCUAAUUCAGAUGGAUAUCACUAAACCCGAAGAUAUUGACAAAGCCUUGCAAAUCACAAAGGACAAGCUUGGUGAAAAAGGUUUAUGGGGUUUGGUCAACAAUGCUGGAAAGUGCUUCAAUGUCAGUGAUGCUGAACUCUCAGCUAUGUCCAGUUACAGAGGCUGUAUGGAAAUCAACUUCUUUGGUGCAGUAGCAAUCACAAAGGGCUUCCUUCCAUUGCUACGCAAAACAAGAGGAAGAAUUGUGAAUGUUUCCAGUCCAGCGGGAGAGUUACCGUUAUCGUGUUUGUCGGCUUAUGCGGCUUCAAAAGCUGCACUCACCUUAUUCACAAAUAUCUUGCGUCUGGAGUUGAGCAGUUGGGGAGUGAAAGUCUGCACCAUAUUUCCUGGAUUAUAUAACACGGGUCCAUCGUUUGAUGCCGAAUAUUGGGAAAAUCAAGCCCACCACCUCAUAAAAAACACUUCUACGGAACUGCUGCAGGACUAUGGAGAAGACUAUAUACUAGAAACAAAGGACCUGUUCCUGAAAUACAUCGCCACUGCCAAAGAGGACUUUAGCCCAGUGAUUGAAAGCAUCACAGAUGCCAUCCUCUCAUCAAAUCCAAAACUGAGGUAUUAUGCUGGAAAGGAGGUUAUCAUUAUGUAUGUCAUCCUUUGUAUUUUACCAACUUCAUUAAGCGAUUUAAUUUUCAACAGGUGUUUCCUGUUUAGGAAAGUCUUACCAAAAGCUUUACAAAAAUAGGCUGAUGUGGGGAAAAGCCCAAAAAUGAACAUGUUCUUGUCAAGUAAUCAGUUUUGAUCAUUUUCACUAUAUUAAUUGUUCAUUUGAUUGGAAAGUUAAGUGUAUGGACAUAAUUGACUGGAAAUAAUGAGGAUGUGGGCAAAUAGGAUAAUUUUCACCUUCAUUUCUGGGUGAUGGAGCAGAUUGCCAAACCACAGUAGAACCUUAUCCUGUCCAUUGGUGUUUAUAUUUCAUUCCAAUAGAUGGUACAGAUGAAAAUUACUAAGGAUAUGAUGCUUGGGUAUUUUGUACAUAAAGUGCCAGGUGCAGCAAUGUAGUUGGUUUUGCGUAACUCCAUCCCCAGUCAAUGAUUACACAAAAAUAUCCAAUGACCCAAAUUUCAGUUGUUGUUUAGUGUUGAAUAUUGUUGUUUAGUUGUACUGCACCCCAUGAAUUACUGCAUUGACAGGGUGAGGGCUGGAAAAGGGUAACUCCAAUGCAUUUUGGCUGAAAGCAAUUGCUAAACAGCAUUUAUAAUUAUGAAGUCCAACAUAAAUUCUAAAAACAUUUUUGUACGACAUUCUAUUGUUGCAAUCUAAAUUACUAGGAAAAUCCGUAAUAUUUUGGCAAGUUGUUUAAAUCAUCAACCUAUUGAAAUCCUGAUAUGGAGUAUUGACCUAUGAACAAAAAGUUCUGAAAUUCAGUCUACAAAUGUAUUUUUCUGAGUAUUUUGUAUAAUAGCCUAAUAAUUGUGUCUACAUUAAACAAAUAUCUUAGAUCACCAAAAAGACUGGGAUGUUCCUCUUGUUAGAAAUGAUCAGCAAUUUUUUUUUUGCAGGAAAUGCUGAUCAGUGUAAGCCCAAAGAGGGCACAUUCCUUUUAUACUCCCCAAUCAAUGUACAAGACUGCAUCUUACAAAAAAAAUGCAUCUGGUGUUGAACAUAAAUUACAUCAAAAAAAGUCUAAAUUUGGGUACCAUUGUUGCUUAAUGUCACCUUAUUGCCAAAUCUCUUUUGCUGAGGCUGAUGAAACUCAAACUGCCUGCUUUGAAUCUAACUGGUAUAAAAUUAAACCAGACAUGGAAUAUACAACAAAAAGCUAUGGCCUAAAUAAUGUAUGGGCUGUGACUGUGGUCUUUUAUUAUGUAUACUGGCUAUACAUUUAUUUGUUGUGUGUAUAUUGAACUGUAACUUUAAUACCUUUUUGUAUGCCAAAGUUAUGAAUUGAUCAUGAGUCACAGUUUGGGCCCUUGUGAUGGUUAUCACAGUCAUUAACAUUUCUGAGAACUAUUGAUUUCACAAAUUGCAUUUUUAUGACAUCCUGGGGGUUAAUGUUUCUUAAUGGCUGUGAUAAAGCUUGCAGGAAAAGUUGAAAGCCUUGAUCUUUGACCUUUUUAAAGACUGCAUUAUGAGUGAUGUUCAGAAAUGAAUUCAGCAAAUAGCAGAAUGACCUGUUCCACCUAAUUUAUUAUUAAUGUUACUUUCAUAUCUGCAAGUUACUUCAGAAAUAUAAGUGUACCAAGCUUAAAUGUGAUUCUUCAUUCUUGAUUAAUAAUAGAUUUGAGGUGGAACCAAAAAUGCCAAUGGAUUAAAGCAUGAAACUGCAGAAAGUAAAGCACAUAAUGUGGCUUAAAUUUUGUUAAGGAGUAUUUCUACUUAAAGAAAAAUAAGUCAAGUCACUUUAUAUGUAGCAUGCUUGAUUUUGCUUCCCAAGAUGGGGAAAAAGAAUACCCUUUUGAAGCUUGUACCAUCAUGUAGAUCUAUAAUUCAUUAUCCCUUUUGUAAUUGAUUCCUGCAUUACUUAAAUAAACAUAUAUCAGACCAU